AUGCCGCGGCAACAAAAGAUGACGAAGAGCACAACAACGAGAAGAAGAAGAAGACGAACAACAACAACAAUAUCAUCAUCAGGGUUGUUGGCAUCGUUAAACAAGCCGAUGAAAAUAGCCGUAGCUCUUUUCCUUGUCGCGCUCGCGUCUCUCUCGUCGUCGUCGUCGUCGUCGUCGUCGUCAUCAUCAACACCAUCAUCAUCAUCAUCAUUUACGACGGUCGCGGCGAGAAAGUUGAUUGAAAAGCCGUCGAAGAAAGAGAUGAAAGAAAACUACUUGGUGAAUCACCCGCGACCGUUUUCGUGGGCAGAAACGAAAGCGCCGGACACUUCGGCGUUCGAUAAGCACGUGCAGAAAGUAGCGAAGGAAAAUUUUGAGAAGAAGAUGAACCCAGACCCGGUGGAAGAGGACGACACGGCGUGGGACGAUAACAUCGUGGACCCGGAUUACGAAGAAGAAGAAGAAGAUUUGGGAGAGAUGGGAGCGGCGCCGCCAAGUUUGUUAGACGCGUUUAAGAACAAAAAAGUCCCGAAAGUGGACACGAUGAGUAAAGAUGAAUCUCCUUUCGUGGAAGUUUUAAUAUUAGCCCCAAGCGCGUUCUUGUUGAUUGGUUUGAUGUACAUGUGGAGAUGUAAAUACGCGUGGAAGGAAAAUUUCCAAGAGAGUCAAGCGCUGUCAGAGUUGAAUAAAGUGAGAGAGUCGAAAGAGUACGCUCUCUUUUCCGCGUACAUUUCCAGCGGGAACUUUGACGUCGGGAUGUUGUAUUGGUCCUUGGGUGGCGCGGUGUUGUUGUUGCAAAUGCAAUACAACGCCGUGUACGCUUUAGUGCCGCCGAUGACGAGUUUAGCGUUCGGGGUGUUUUAUUCGAUGAUUUUCCAGAGGUCGUUGACGGGUAUUCCCGGAGUUACGGGACCCCCGUUAGCGCAGAGAUUGUUGAUAUUAGCGACAUCGAUAGUUUUGUUGAUGAACAUGAUUUAUUGCGAAGUGAACAAGAGUUUUGUGGCCAAGGCGGAGUAUUGGUACGUCACCGGCGCGUUGGUUGUCAUUCCUCAGUUGCUCGCGUUUUAUCACAGAAUGGGCGGAUGGAUUCAACACAAUAGAGAAUAUAGAUACAAAAUGGUUGAAUAA